CCGGCGGCCGCGGCCUCUCCGGCCAUCACGUUGUUCCCCGGAAGACACGCAGGAGGAGGAGGAAGCGCGGGGGCGUGCGGGUCCGCGUGUGCAGCGGGGGCCGCCCGCAUGGAGCCCAACGUGCACUUCUGGAUGACCCAACGCCAAUCUUUUUUUCAGAGAUGUCUUCAGUGGACAGAAUUAUUGGAUCCUACAAAUUUGUUCAUUUCAAUUAGCAAAAUAGAGAAGUCGAGGCAACUAUUGUUAACAAAUGAAGAUGGGUCUAUUCAUGACUUGCAGGACAAAAGGAUCCAAGAAGCUUGGAAGAGAAGUCUCGCAACAGUGCAUCCUGACAGCAGCAAACUGAUCCCCAGUCUUUUCCGACCUGCAGCUCUCCUGCCUUUCACGGCGCCCAUGGUAUUUCUGUCGCUGGUGCCAGUGAAAAGCCUAAAGUCUAUCAUUUUACCUCAGUUGUCUUUCUGUACCUACAGUACAGCGUUCAACAUCGUCAAUGGAAACGCGAGUUAUAACCGUCGUCCAUUCGAGAGUAUAUUACUAGGGACAGGAGUGAUUGCUUCUACAGCCUUUUUUGGAUUAUUCCCUCGUUUGCUCCUCAUGAAGAGUGCCGUGAAAAACGUUUUCCUGAGGGAAACCUUGCCUGCUGCCAUUCUCACCCAGGUCAGUGCAAUGAAUGUUGCCGCAUCCCGAAGUUUUGAGCCCGUACGAGGGAUCGAGGUCAUGGACAAGGAAGGCAAUGUCGUAGGCUAUUCCAGAAAAGCUGGGACGAAGGCCGUCAGCGAUACAGCAACAUCCAGAGUCGUGCUGUUCGGGACCUCGGCUUUCAUUCCUGAAGUCUUCUCACAUUUUUUUAAAAAGACCCCGUUAUUCGUGCGAUACCCCCAGUCCUUGUGGACCCUAAAGCUGUCUUGUACCAUCUUGGUCAUGGGCCUGAUGGUGCCAGUUUCUUUCAGCAUGUUCCCGCAGAUACAACGGAUACAGUGCAGUAAACUCGAACAGGAAAUUCAGUCUGCGACAGAAGAAACAGAACUCUUCUAUAACCGAGGGGUGUAGGGGGGAGUUCUGGGUGCACUUGAUUCCUAACCUUCCUCUCGAGGUUUCAGUUUUGAGAACUGUGCCAGAGGUCUCCUGGGAACCCCCGAGGCGUCUGCGCAGACAGGAUGGCUUCCAGCCACACAUGCCAGGACCUAGUCGAGGCCGGUCGUGCCUGGGCUUCCAGCCUGGAUGGGAGAAGAGACGCGGGGAGCUGUCCUGUCUGACCUGCCUCCCCACCGGGACUGCUGAGGGCUGGGUGGUGGAAGGUCCCUUUCCUGUGUGUCAGCCUGUGAGCGGGCACGGUGAGGUGACUAAUAAACUGGUCUGAAGUUGA